CACCUCCAGUACUCCACUCCUGGUCCUGGGGUUUCUUGCUUGGAAUUGGAAGGCGGCAGAAGCUCUCUUGGACUGGAUAGCAAUGGAGUUACCCAUUUCCAUGGGAGGCUCUGCUGCGGCAACCAGCCUCGUGAAUCUCAAGAUGGUGAAUCACAAACGCACCAGUGGGCUUGGACCUCAACUUCAGUUUUCGCAUGAUGUACCAUCCUCUGCUUGUCUGAUGAUAUUUAACAAAGAAUGUUCAAAACGAAUCAACUAUAAAGUUUGCAGAGCGCUUCAGGCAGUAUCUCCAGUACAAUGUGCAGAAAAUCCCAUGCAAGCACCGGUAGCCUUUAAAGAUUUUCAUGUUUCUGUGCUUACCGAAGAAGAUGGAGUGAUAGAGACACAGAUACGAGUAACUGUUAGCAGUAAAAUGACGGAUUCUGUCUUUGAGAAAGUCUUAUCAAAGCAUAUUGCCGCGGCACAACCACUUCCAGGAUUUCGGCGAUUGAAAGGAGGGAAAACUCCAAAUGUACCAAAAGAAGUCGCUCUGCACUUGAUUGGACCAUCAAAAGUGAAGAAAGCAGCCAUCAAGAAAAUCAUCAAUCGCGCAGUCGCUGAAUAUGUUGAAAAGGAGAACCUUGACGCGUCGAAGAACCUGAAGGUUCUGCAAAGCUACGAGGAGCUCGAGGCCACGUUCGAACCUGGAAAAGAGUUCUGCUUUGACGCGGCUGUCCAUCUAACAGGAAGCUGAAGCAGUGAAGGCCGUCUUACGACGCCAUUGGCGAGAUGACCACCGCAGGGUGGGGGACUCCUGGGCAGCUGCCCCCUUGACCAUUAAGCUCGCAGCUCUGCUAGCCUGCUGCAUACGGCCCUGUUGCUAUCUCUACUAGCUAAAUACCUGUGCGUUGGAACGGGGGCAACUCUCUUCAGUCGUUCAACAUAGGAAAUUUUGAUUGGGUUAAGUUUGAGAUAUGACGUGGGGAGGGAAUUUAUAAGCAAAGAUCAAGAAAAAUAUGAUGCGAUUGACAUUGUGUCUGUACAACUACGUGAGUUUUAUUUUAUUGUUUGCUUGCAAA